CUCACUUCCUUUCCAUCUAAGCGGAAACCUCCCUAGAGCGUCCUCUGCUCCUGUCCCCGGGGACCUGCAGGAGUCCCUACCCCUUCAAGCCUAAGCUGGGCCAGCUAGACCCUGGCCCACCCACCUCACCCUUUGGGUGGAAGACUAGUAUUUCCUGCUUCCUGAGUUGCUGGCUACUGGCCUUGGAAGGGAGUGUCUGAGCUGGGGAGCCCGAGCAGCCGCAGAGAGGGGAACUGCAUGCCCAGCACAGGUCCUGAGCCAUGGACCGCGGCCAUCGUAGCCUAGAGCCCCAGGCCAAGGGACCAUGUGUGAUAGCUCCAGUGCGCGCUGCACUCCGUCUGCGCCGCCGAGUCUGCGUCCUGCGCAAGAGGCGCCUCUUGCAGCCAGGCACUGAGCCGGACUCUGGGACGGGGCUACUUGGGCCCAGCGGCAGCUUAGGGACUCUACGUGCCGACCUAGACCAACCUAAAUUCUUCACCUUCGAUAGCCUGACGGAGCUUUCUUCUAGGACACCCCGCAAGAGGCGCAGGCGUAGUCGGGUAGUGCUCUAUCCGGAAACCUCACGGAAGUGCCGACCCCGCACAGAGCGGCAGAGUCGUGCACAGCGUUGCCUGCUGCUUCUUGUAGCCAUUGUGGGGUUCCAAGUUCUCAACGCCAUUGAGAAUCUGGACGAUAAUGCACAACGUUACGACCUCGAUGGGCUGGAGAAGGUGCUCCAACGUUCUGUGUUUGGCCAGCCAGCUGCUGUGGGCCGCAUCAUGGCCCUGCUGCGAGACUACCUGGCUACACAUGUGCAUAGUCAUCCCUUGCUCUUGGCACUGCACGGGCCCAGUGGUGUAGGCAAGAGUCACGUGGGGCGCCUGCUGGCCCGUCACUUUCGCGCAGUGCUGGAGGAUGGUGCUUUGGUUCUGCAGUACCACGCGCGACAUCACUGUCCAGAGCCACGUCCGGUUCAGGACUGCCGGAAGGAGCUGGCGCAGCGUGUGGCAGAUGUGGUGGCACAGGCUGAGGCCGAGGAGAAGACCCCUCUCUUGGUCCUGGAUGAGGCUGAACUCCUGCCACCUGCGUUGCUGGAUGAGCUACACGAUCUCCUGCAGCCACAGCGCUCGCAUCAUUUCCACAAUGCUAUCUAUGUACUCCUAAGUGGCGCUGGUGGUAUAGAGAUCACACACUUUGUGCUGCAGAAUGCAUCACGGAUGUUGCCCCCACUCCGCCACAGUGCAGGCAGUACUCAGACUGAGGCAUCUCCAGCGGAGGAGGAGUUACACACCAGUCUUCGAGAACUUCUGGCCCGAGAACACCCUCUGUGGCACACUGCAGCCAUCGUGCCCUUCCUGCUACUGGACAAGCCAGAUGUGGUCAAUUGCUUCAGAGAGGAGAUGGCAGGGGAGGGCUUUUUUCCUGAGCAGGCACUGGCAGAACAUCUGGCAGAACAGCUCAGCUACUACCAUGUUGCUGGACAUGAAUUUGCCAUCACUGGCUGCAAGCAGGUCGUAGCUAAGGUCAACCUCCUACAGCAAAAGCCUGCACAUGCUAGACACUAGCCAGUGGGCCCAGACAUUUGAACUGUUGAAGAAAACAGGAAGGAUGUCAGGUGACUUGUGACCCCCAAGCUGGUUCACCCCAGGAGCUAGGGAGGCUGACUACAGUGGCUCAGCUCUAAGCUCCACUUCCUCUUCACCCCGAGCUUUGAAAUUCCCUAAAGUCAACAGGAAAGCAGCUACCUUCCUAUGUGGAGUCUCCCCCACACCCCCAGCUCCCACUAUGUCCAUCAUGUCCCAGGAACAUGUGAUAGGGCCUCCCAUAACCCUAGGAGGUAGCCAGGGUUAUGAUAGAUUGUCUCAGAGGGUGUGUGGCCGUGGUAGGAUUCUGGUCCUUUGGAAUAUGUGGCAGCCUCUGUGCUUCUCACAAACUCCCAAGCACCCCUUGAAUGCCUCCUUAGCUUAGAGGCCACGAGGUGGGGAAUGCUUCUCUAGGCCUGCUUUAGAAGGCAGUAGAAUUGUUAGAUGCCUACAAGCCAGUGAGUAGAUUUAGUGGAAUUCUUCAAAUGUCCUGGAGCAUGGACCUAAGGGGAGACCCACCCUCUUGAAACUGGCUGCCUGUUUGCCCCAGAGACAGACAUGUAGAAUGGCUUUGGAAUCAGCUACAAGGUUCAGGGUCCUGCUCACCAGAACAGAUUAGAGAGGAGGGUCCUCUACCUCCAGGGAGAUGAUGUGUCUCCACCGGCCCUGGGAGAUCUCCUGGCUCAGUUUUCCCAAGAAAGGUUCACUGGACUCUAGUCAGUUCUACUGUUGAGGAACUCACUCCUUGUACUGACCCCUUCCAGCCCCUGGCUCUGGAGUGACAGCAGUUGAGUCCACAACAAACAGUGGGAGCAGUGGAAGUGAACUGUGCUUUGAGGCUGGCUGGCUAUUUGUAGGAAGCAGGAGGCCCAGUGGGGUGGGGUCAGAUGGGCAGGUGGCAACCCUUUGCCUGCCUGUGCUGUCCGGUUACCACAGUUACAUGUGGGUGAGGUUCCCUGUGGCCUUUCGCGUCCUAGGUUCAACUUCUCCAUUUGCGUGGAAUUUGCAAGGUGGGAGGUUUCUUAGUACUCUGGCCAUGUCUGUGCUGCCACCUGGUGGCUGCACCUAGAUUUUGCCUGUGAAUGCUCAUCAUUCUGGGUUAGAAAGUGGCACAUCUGAAAGUAUGGCUUGAGGACACACAGGAAGUGGUAACACUAGAAGAGAUUAGAGAGGAGGAGCCCCUCAAUGGGGGUGAUAUGCCCCCCCCACGCUUGGGGAGACCUGCUGCAAAACCACCCAGGCUCAGGUUUCCCUAGACAGGAUCACUAGCAGGCUCCUGUGGAGGUCCCGUUUGGCGUGCAUGGUCUGAGGAUCUGUGUGUGCAUGCCCUGCUGAGUGUGGAUGCUGUCUAGUUCAUGCGAGAUGAUGCCAAGAAGGCCCCCAGAAUUGUCACCUGAAAACCUACCUGGAAGUGUCCCCUACCCAGCUAAGUGUUGCUUGUAGUCAUUCACUUAACAUCUACAGGGCAUUGAAUUAGUGAGGAUCCAACCCGUGCAGCAUUUUCUCUUUAUUUAUUUGUAAAGCCGUGCACUUCUAAAGUAAUUUCAUUAAGGCUAAUUUCUGGUCUAAAGAGGCCUGUACAGUCAGCACUGAGCAGGUUGCAUCAUGCCCAUGAAUAAACCUCUGCUCAAAUCUA